AUGGGAGCUACUCCUUUCACCGAGAGAAUCUUAAGAGCAAAACUCCCCAAAGGUUUUGAUAAACCAAUGGACAUGAAGUACGACGGAACCAAAGAUCCCCAGGAACACCUAACGACCUUCGAGGCCAGGAUGAACCUAGAAGGCGCCACCGACGCGGUUCGAUGCAGAGCUUUUCCGGUAACCCUAGCUGGACCAGCAAUCAAAUGGUUCAAUGCCCUCCCCAACGGAUCCAUAACCGAUUUCCACGACAUUUCACGGAAGUUCAUGGCCCAAUUUGCAACCAAAAUCACUAAAGCUAAACACCCCAUCAGCCUAUUAGGGGUCACGCAGAAACAGGACGAGUCCACGAGAAAAUACCUCGACCGCUUCAACGAUGAAUGCCUAACAGUCGACGGACUCACAGAUUCCGUUGCAAGCCUCUGCCUAACCAACGGGCUCAUGAACGAAGACUUCUGCAAGCACCUUACUACCAAACCAGUAUGGACCAUGCACGAGAUCCAGAACGUCGCCAGAGAUUACAUAAAUGACGAGGAAGUUAGUCAGGUCGUCGCUGCCAACAAACGGCAACACAACAACACCCAACACGGCAACCCGGCGCCCCGGCAUAACCCACCACCUAGAGAAAAUCAGAGGGACCAUCCCAAGCCAACAAACACAAACCGACUAUCUAGAACCGGCAAAUUCUCUAACUACAUACCCCUGACAGCCCCAAUUACAUAG